GGGCGGUCCCGGGGCCGGGCCUCCCGCGCGUCCCCGCCCCGCCGCGCCUCGCUGGCGGCUGCUGCUGCGACCGCGGCGGCGGCUUCCGGAACCGGCGCGAAUGCGGCCCCCGCAGCGGGACCCGGGCAGGUCUUGACGAGCCCUGCCUGGGCCUGAGCGUGCAGAGGAUGGAAACACUCGCCCCGCAAUGUCUCUGGGCCGCCUCCUUCGCCGGGCCUCCUCCAAAGCCUCCGACCUCCUGACCCUCACUGCUGGUGGCAGCGGCAGCGGGUCCCCCUCCCUCCUGGAUGGUGAGAUUAUCUACUCGAAGAACAAUGUCUGCGUGCAUCCACCUGAGGGGCUGCAGGGGCUGGGGGAGCACCACCCAGGUUACCUGUGCUUGUACAUGGAAAAGGAUGAGACACUGGGUGCCACCCUCAUCCUGGCGUGGGUCCCCAACUCUCGGAUCCAGAGGCAGGAUGAGGAGGCCCUGCGCUACAUCACCCCAGAGAGCUCCCCUGUGCGCAAAGCACCCCGCUCCCGGGGCCGGCGCACCUGGAGCUCAGGGGCCCCCCACCAGACCUCGCCCAUGGAACCACGCCCCUCGCUGAUCCCCAAAGACGAAGACAUCCUGGUGGUGGCCCAGAGCAUUGGAGACACCGUGCUCCCCAGCCCUUCACUGGAGAACGGGGAGAAGCCGGCCUCACAGCCUUCCCACAGUGACUCCGGAACCUUGUCCACUGUCAGCUCCCAGGAUGGCACUGAGGAGGGGCAGGAGCCACGGCCCGAGGUGGGGGAGAAGGAGGGCUCCCUGGAGUUGUCGACCGAGGGUGUAAGCAGGGACAGCUCCUUCGACUCGGACUCGGACACCUUCUCCUCCCCCUUCUGCCUCUCACCCAUCAGCACAGCCCUGGCUGAGGGCCGCAGCUCCGUGUUUCUGGAAAGCGACAGCAGCCCCCCACCCAGCUCGGACGCUGGCCUGCAGCUCCCAGACAGCAACAGCCUCCUGCAGACUCCGCGCUGGGAUGAGCCACAGCGGGUGUGCGCCCUGGAGCAGAUCUGUGGCGUGUUCCGGGUAGACCUGGGCCACAUGCGGUCCCUGCGUCUUUUCUUCAGCGACGAGGCGUGCACCAGUGGGCAGCUGGUGGUCGCCAGCCGGGAGAGCCAGUACAAGGUUCUGUACUUCCACCACGGGGGCCUGGACAAGCUGGCGGACGUGUUUCAGCAGUGGAAGUGCUGUGCAGAGACCCACCUCGGGGACCAGCAGGUCGCCCCUGAAAAGACAUGCAUGCAUUUCUCCAUCCGGCGCCCCAAACUGCCAUCCUCUGAGACACACCCUGAGGAGAGUAUGUACAGGAGGCUGGACGUGUCCACUUGGCUUGGCCACCUGAAUGAGCUGGGCCAGGUGGAGGAGGAGUACAAGCUUCGUAAGGCCAUUUUCUUUGGCGGCAUUGAUGUGUCAAUCCGGGGGGAGGUCUGGCCCUUCCUGCUGCGCUAUUACAGCCACGAGUCCACCUCGGAGGAGCGGGAGGCACUGCGUGUGCAGAAGCGAAGGGAAUAUUCUGAGAUUCAGCGGAAAAGGCUGUCCAUGACUCCCGAGGAGCACAGGGCAUUUUGGCGCACCGUGCAGUUCACCGUGGACAAGGACGUGGUCCGGACAGAUCGGAGCAACCAGUUCUUCCGAGGGGAAGGCAACCCAAACGUGGAAAGCAUGAGGAGGAUCCUGCUCAACUAUGCUGUGUACAACCCAGCUGUCGGCUACUCCCAGGGGAUGUCAGACCUGGUGGCACCCAUCCUGGCCGAGGUCCUGGAUGAAUCGGACACCUUUUGGUGCUUUGUCGGUUUGAUGCAGAACACGAUCUUUGUUAGCUCUCCCCGGGACGAGGACAUGGAGAAACAGCUGCUGUACCUGCGGGAGCUGCUGCGGCUGACACACCUGCGCUUCUAUCAGCACCUGGUCUCGCUGGGCGAGGAUGGCCUGCAGAUGCUCUUCUGCCACCGCUGGCUCCUGCUGUGCUUCAAGCGGGAGUUCCCAGAAGCCGAGGCACUACGGAUUUGGGAGGCCUGCUGGGCCCACUACCAGACGGACUACUUCCAUCUUUUCAUCUGUGUGGCCAUCGUGGCUAUCUAUGGGGAUGAUGUCAUCGAGCAGCAGCUGGCCACUGACCAGAUGCUCCUGCACUUCGGAAACCUGGCCAUGCACAUGAAUGGGGAGCUGGUUCUCAGGAAGGCGAGGAGUUUGCUCUACCAGUUUCGCCUUCUGCCCCGGAUCCCCUGCAGCCUGCAUGACCUGUGUAAGCUGUGUGGGACGGGCAUGUGGGACAGCGGGUACAUGCCUGCCGUGGAGUGCACUGGCCAACACGCUGGCUCGGACAGCUGUCCCUACGGGGGAACAGUGGAGGUGCCUUCACCCAAGCCCCUGAGAGAGUGCAUGAGGAGCCCAAAGGCACCCAGGGAAGGCUUCAGCUUCCGCAGAUAGGGCUGCCUUUGGAGGAUUUCAACGUGUCCCAGGAGUUCUUCCCACUUCGUUGGCAAACACACGGCACUGCCAGGCACCAGGAAGGGCAGAGACAGGAGAAGAAGGCCUCGUUCACCCACCAGCACUGAGGGCUGCAGAAUGGAGGGGUCCGUUCUGGGCCCAGAGGCAUCUUCGCAAACCAAAUGAACUCACUUCCUCGUCAGACCCCAUCCACUCUAAGCCAGCCAGACAAGCUUCCCAUAGCGGUGACAUCAGCAUGAAGCAAAGGAAAAGCCCAAUUGAUUUCCGGAUAGAGGAACAUGGGGCUUUUAACACUGCCCCUUUAAACAUUCCCUGCUGGUGGCAUGUGAAGGGCCCACCUGCUGCGAGGCUGGCCCCAGGUUGCAGGGGAAGAGCAGAAUUCUCCCUUAGCCAAGGGUCCUCCAUAUGUGGUUUUCCAGCAUUGUUUAAGGUCAUCCCCACCAGAUACAGCAACCAACCGACUAGGGGCUAAAUGGGUCAAGGUGUGUGUGUGUGUGAGUGUGUACGUGUGCAAGAUGCCCUGAAGAGAAACUGCUUUGUCCCGAGACAUGGUAGUGAAUUAACUGACCAGGCAAGAUGAAGGCACCUGCAAACAGACAGGCUCUUCCACUUCCCCGCAGGGCCUGCAUGCUCUGUCAUGAGCAGGAGUGUUUUGGAAGUCAGCUUCUCAGGGGGUCAGACACAAGAGCCACCACAGUGAAGGAGCCAGCACUCAGGGCUUUUGGCUUUCGGCUUUCUGUGUGGGAAGAAACCACCUCUACGAGGUCCUCCCUCAUAUCACACUCCCGCAUCCAAAACACUAUAUAUCCUGUUUCCCCGAAAAUAAGACAGUGUCUUAUUUUAAGGUGUGCUCCCAAAGAUGAGCUAGGUCUUAUUUUCAGGGGACGUCUUAUCUUUCCUGUAAGUAGGUCUUAUUUUUGGAGGAUGUCUUAUUUUCAGGGAAACAGGGUAUCAGUUGCUCCUUCUGGGACGUAGAGAUGGAUAGACGAAGGCAUGUGAAGAUUGUGAGAGUUCCCAGCUAACUAAAAAGUGUCAAAGCCAUUUGCACAGAAAGUCAUAAACUGAGUCCCUCCCUGUACCCUCCAGCACGUCUUUCUGGGAGAGAAAAGUUCUUGCCGUGCUGAGGGUCAUCCUGGGACGGAGUGAGGGUUUCCACCUGUUCUCGGCCUCUCCCUCUGAAGGGUGGCGCUGCCGGACAGUGCCGCUUUGGAAAGAUGUCUGUCACCCAGAAGGGGAGUGGACCAUGUGCCAGCCCCCUCCUCCCCAGCUUCUCUUUUCUCCAUGAACCUACGCUUUCCAGGAGGCACUUCCAAGUCUCAGGAUCCUUCUGUCCAAGAGCCUUUUGGGGAGGUCAUUCUGGAUCCCCUCAGUGACCAGCUCUUGGGGUUCUGGCCAUUACAGUCCAACACUGGGGGACCUGAGGGUGGCUGUGGGAAUGGACUUCUGGGGAAGGAGGGCUGCCCUUCCGUGUUGCUGCUGACCCUCCCCAGAACCACAGCCCGUGAACAGGCUAUCAGUUGUCCACGGUCACACACCCCAGAACUGAGCGGCCUACAUCUGCCCUUGAGCUUGCACGUCAGCGUCUGGGCUGGGCUUGCUCUCCCUCAUCUGCAGCCACCAGGCAGCUUGGUCCCCGGGUGCUGUGGAUCAGAGGUGGAAGUCCAGCUGGUCUGCACGCUCCAGCAUCCCUCUUACAGGCUGGCCCUGAGGACACAGAAGCAGAAACAGAAAAGUGCCACGUCCAAGCCUUGGUGGAUAUCGCACCUGCGCCGUCCCAUUGGCAAAAGCAAGCCAGGAGGUCAGACUCAGCAUUAAGGAGUGGAGAGAUGAACCCUCCCCUUUAGUAUCCCCUCUGCACAAUCUUGUGGCAAAAGCUGAGGAUUUGGAGGGGCAAAGGAGUAGGAUCAUCGUUACAGUCAGUCUGCUACCACCGCAAGCCUCAGUCCAGGUGACACUGUUCCAGAACUCUCCUUCCCUGGUGAGGGAGAGCACGCCCCUCACCCUAUCCAGCAGGACGACAUUCUUCUUUUUAUUUUGUUCUCAUUUGUUUCUUUGUGGGGGUUUUCUUUUCUAUUCUUUUUUUUUUCUUUUGGAGAUAGGGUCUUGCUCUGUCGCCCAAGCUGGACCGCAAUGACAUCAUCACAGCUCACGGAAGCCUUGGCUCAAGCCACCCUCCUGGCUCAGCCUUCUGAGUAGCUGGGGCUACAGGUGAUUCACCACCAUGUCUGGCCAAUUUUUAUUUUAUUUUAUUUUUAGUGGAGACAAGUUUUCACUACAUUGCUCAGGCUGGUUUCAAACUCCUGGGUUCAAGUGAUCCUCCCACCUUGGCUUUCCAAAGUGCUGGGAUCCCAGGUGGGUGCCCUGCGCACAGCCCAUCCCUGUGUGUUACCAGGUGCCUUGUGCCUUUGGGCUGCUGUGUCUUCGGAAUGGGGGGUGAUGCAAAACCACUCGCUCUGGAGGGCUGUGGGUGGGAGGCAUUUGUUCUGGACUCCCUGCUGCCACGUUCCUCGCCCCCACCCGCCCCUAAGACCUGACCCCAACCCAUCAGCCGCAUCUUGUGUACCAAACGCAUCCCGGUGUCACCACACCUGCCUCACACUUUGCCCCCUACCCCAGGCUGGUGAGAUCUGCACCUCUUAGACUGGCUGAGACCUCGGGCGCCCAGACCCAGGAAUGCAGGGAGAGUCCCAGGACAUGUUACCCAGAGGGAUGGGAAACCGCCACUCACACCACUCCCUUAUCUGGAUGCAAUUAGAGGAAACCAGCCAAAAACCCUGCGGCAGCUGUUGCCCCGGGAUUAUUCCCAGCCAGCAAAAGGCAUUAGGGUGAUAAUUCAGUCAUUAGACUUCCAGCCUUCCCACCACCAGGACGUGCAAAUAGAGGGUAAUCAGCCCUGCACUGCCGUCCUCAGCAACGCGGCUUAUUUAACCCAUUUUUUAAAAUGACACUUAAUGUUAUUGGCUGUUGUACGUGUGUGCGCAUACUUAAAAGUGGACACGAGGU